AUGUCAAUCGGCGGCCCUUGUCUCUGGGUAUCUUCUCUAUCCUCGCCAGUCCCAUCUCUCUCUGCUGUUACUUCUCAUUUUUCAUCGGCUUGCCAGGGUGAUCGCUUUACCUUGCCAAAGACUGUUCCGUUGCGACAACUGCAGGAGAGACGAGAACAGCGUGCCUCGAACGGACUAUCUGCUACUGCCAUGCAACCUGCUGUUGUGAAGGCUGAAAAUGCCUUGACGACGCCUCCCAUGCUUGGGGCUUCGACUGUUGCGGCACCGUUUCCCGAAGGAGAAAUCCUGUCACAAGGGACGGGAGCCCAACCGUCUCCAGCAACCAGAGAGACUUUACUGCCUCGGCCCAAGCUAGAGAUCCCGGAUCACCAGAUGGACCUUUCGAUGCCUCAGCAGACCAUUUCUGAUCAGCACGGGGAUGCGAUGAACGUUGAACCGAUGAGCUUUGACAAGGAAGAUCAUGACAGAGAGUCUACCAUCAGUCCGUCUGAUGAGAGGGGCGAUGCCGUGGGCAGCGAGGAUGAUAGCAGGAUGACAUCCUUGGAGAAGAAGAAGAUGAAGCGAUUCCGGUUGACUCAUAACCAGACCCGCUUCUUAAUGAGCGAGUUCACUCGCCAGGCACAUCCAGAUGCGAACCACCGGGAGCGCCUGUCAAGGGAGAUCCCUGGCUUGACACCCCGUCAAGUCCAAGUCUGGUUUCAGAACAGACGAGCAAAGCUCAAGCGUCUCACAACAAAUGAUCGUGAGAGAGUCCUUAAGUCCCGAGCUCUUCCCGACGACUUCGACACCACGAAGGUUCUUCGGACUCCCUUCGAGAGCAAAUCAACAGGACCAACCCCUACUGCAUCACCACAUGACUAUGGAGCCCCGAACCCAGACUUUGCAUCUUUGAGAGCACUACGAACCGAUUGCUUUCCACGCCAUAAUGAGGACGAUUACCUCGUCUCACCCCUUAGUUCGGCGUCAACUGUCGGAACUUACAUGUCUUCUGCUGGACAGGGACGGAAUGACAGUCUGUCACAAUCCAGCAUGAUGUUCAGACCCGCCGCUUCGGCAUCAAUGCAUGAUCUGCACAGGACGAUCCGAAGCGACUAUUCCAUUACCAGAUCAAACAGCCUGUCAGAUGCUCCCUCCCAGCAAUCUUCUUUCCACACAGGAUACCCUAUUCACAAUCGAUAUGGAACUCCUUCAAAUCCAUCAAAUAUGCCGUAUGGAAGGCAGCCAAUGGACUAUAGUGUUCCCCGUUCGAGCGGAAUGGUGUCUGCAUACGACCAGCACCAAGCCUUUGAAGGAUCGGCAUCUCCGACAGACUCCCAGGGUACUCCAAUCACAUACGAUAUGGGAAAUCUAGGCACCCAAUCGCAAAACUACCAGUCCCAACUUGCAAUGUCCACGCCAAAGGAAUAUAGUGGAAUGGCAAUGGGCUCCCAAAUCACAGCUCAUGGUAGACCCAUGUCAAAUAUCCAGUCCCUUCCCGUCUCCGCCGCCCAGGAUUACCGACCUUAUGCCUACGGCAAUCCCUCUAUUGGAUCGAUUCCAUACACACAAUCCAAUACCUCAACACUCAACCUCGCCGCAACUUUUGCCCCUUCCAACCAGGGCGUCACGGCAAACGAUCAAAUGCAGCAGCCCAACCCGCAAACCCUUGAGUCCCUGCGCAGCAAAUUCGGCAACCCUUCCUACAACUAUACAAACUAUAUCCAGCAAUAA